UAAUUAAAUGGACUCUACACCAAACCAUCUCCCAUCAUCAUCAUCUUCUUCUUCAUCUUCUUUAAUCCAUUAAAUGCAUGCAGAAGCGGAAAUGAAUUAUUAAAUACUUAGAAUUUACGUCUUGACCAUGUUCAUUCUGUUCCAUGAAAAAGGGUGGUUUCAAGUGAAACUCUCUAUCACUGCUGUAAAUGUUGGUGUUUCUGUUUACAUGUGAAGACAUGUCAGAUAAAAGAAGGUCAUGAGAGAGAGCUACAGAGAGAAAGAGAUGCCCUUUUUUCCUUUCUCAGUGUGGGAAAUGCAUCAAGUAGACCAUACCCAGAUCAAAUCAAGACUUGAGUUGCAGAUUUUGAAGCGUUUAUGAGAUGGGCUUUUGAGAUGCAAAAUUGGGUUCAAGUGUUUGUCGAAAGACCUGAGUGAGAGUUUCACUUUAGUGAAUUAGAGUUCUUUGUAAAAGGGAAAAAAAUGAGAGAUUUUCCGUCUUGCUUUGGUGAAAAUGGUGUACAAGUAGCUGAUUCUUCAUCUUCAAAUACUAGUAAAAAUGCGCAGAAUUUGGUUACUUUUGUGUAUCAAUGUCGAAUUCGAGGCCGCUCUUGCUUGAUCACUAUUACAUGGAGUAAGAAUUUGAUGGGUCAAGGCCUAAGCGUAGGAAUGGAUGAUUCUGCAAAUCUAUGUUUAUGCAAGGUCGAUAUUAAACCCUGGUUGUUCUCGAAAAGAAAAGGGUCCAAGAGUUUAGAAGCAUAUUCUUGUAAAAUUGACAUAUAUUGGGACCUUUCAUUGGCUAAAUUUGGAUCUGGGCCUGAACCGUUAGAGGGAUUUUAUGUGGGGGUUGUUGUCGACAGGCAAAUGGUUCUCCUUCUGGGGGAUAUGAGAAAAGAAGCUUUCAAGAAAACUAGUGCCACGCCCAUGCCUUCUAAUGCUGUUUUUGUUUCCAAGAGAGAACACGUGUUUGGCAAGAAGGUUUUUAGCACGAAGGCUCAGUUUUGUGACAAUGGUCAAAUUCAUGAUCUUGUGAUUGAAUGCGACACAAUUGGUAUCAGUGAUCCAUGCCUUGUGGUUCGUGUGGACUGUAAGACUGUGAUGCAAGUGAAACGGCUGCGGUGGAAGUUCCGAGGGAAUCAUACCAUCUUGGUUGAUGGUUUGGCAGUGGAAGUUCUUUGGGAUGUUCAUAAUUGGCUGUUUGGCACGUCUGUUGGAAAUGCUGUUUUUAUGUUCAAGACAUGCCUCUCAGCUGAGAAGUUAUGGUCAAGCCACCAACCACUUACAGAUCCAAAUGUGUUGCCAUGGUCCUUCUCACAGAGAUUUCUGGACUCCAUAUCACAAAAUCUUGGUUUUUCACUGAUUUUAUAUGCUUGGAAGAAUGAGUAGAGACUCAGAAAUUUUUCUUUUGAGUGCUAACAGAACAAUUAGGAGUCGUGAUUUUUAUUGAUUAUGUCAUUUAUUACACUUAGUUGGACAGUUUUCUUCUUCCUUUGUUGCCCAGUUGAGUUACUUGAGCAAUUGAUACAAUUUCACUUUCUCAGUUGGCUGUAUAUCCUUAUCAAAUUGUUCAUUUUGUUUCUAUUUUUCCUUUUUUACAAAAUCCACUAUCAACAAAAUACUAAAUUCACGGUUGAAACUUUCUUUAUUUGCGACUUGAGUUUGUUCAUGUGAAAUGCAGCAUCUAGGACAUCCUGGCUCAUUGGCUUUUGAGUUGAAAUCCCCCUUAUGAUCACUCUACAGCAUGCUAUGUCUUAGUUGCAAGUGCCCCUGUUAUUGCAACUUGUGCAGGAAAAAACAUUCAAGAUCAGAGCACGCUUCCUGUUCAUACAUAAUGACGGUCUCAUACUGUAAUGUUGCACAUGAACUUAAACAUACGGGAAUGAUCCAGUUUGGACAUGUAAAUUUUGUCAUUGAUGGAUAUUGGCAUGAAAUUCUAACCUUUCUUUUUGCUUAUUAUUAUUAUUAUUACUUUCAUAUUGUUGAGUAGUAUCUAUGAAACUAUAACAGAAAUGAUAUACUCAAUUAGCCA